GGUAAGGACCGGGAAGUGGACUGCUGAGGGAAAGUCAGCGGCGCAGAGGACCCAUUCGCUGUCGUUCCUCAACCGUGGAGAGUCGCGUGUGCAGACCUGGGUGUCGCGGGGACGCGAAAACUCCCCGGAGCCGCAGUCGCCGCGGGGCGGCCUGGGAAAGUCAGCAGCGCAGUGGCGGGAACCGCAGCCCGGCGGCCCUGGAAUCUCCCAGGACAUGCUGAUCACCCAGACCUGCUCACCUCUGCAGCAGAACAAGGAGACCUGGAAGGAGACAGGAGACCGUAGCUAAGGAUCCAGGGCAGUACGCCAUCUAUUCAUUGUUCCUGAAAGAGAAACUCAAAGAAGAGAAACAGAAAGGAAUGGCCGAUUCUCCAAUAAAUGUGCCCCAGGGUCUGUUUAUAUUCCGGGGUGUGAAUGUGAACAUCUCCCAGGAGCAAAAGGAAUGCACGGACUCUUCUCAGAAUUUGUACAUUGAUGUGAUGUUGGAGAAUUACAACAACCUCGUCUCUGUGGAGAACUAUGGCAUGUGUAACACUGUCCCCCAGCAUAUGAAGACUGAUAAGGAGUCUCAUCAAUGUAAUGAGCUUGACAAAAUGCUUCGUGACCCCUCCUCAUGUGCACUUUAUAGAACAAGUGAAACUACAGAAAACUCUAAUAACUACAGGUGCAGUAAUCACGGGGAUGCCUCUAUUGACUCGUCAAACCCAGGUAGACAUGACAGCAUGCACACUGGAGAAGAACCUUGCAAAUCUAGAGACUGUGAGAAAUCUUUAAAUUUGUGUUCCAACAUUACUCAAAAUCAGAGAGUUUACACUGCAAAGAAUGAGCACAGGCAGGGAGAAUAUGAUGACUGUUUCAGCUCUGCAUACAGUCCUAUGCAGCAAACAAUCUAUAUCAGAGAGAAACCAUUCCUGUGUGAGGAAUGUGGGAAAUGCUUCAUUACUGCCUCAAACCUCAGUGUACAUCGGAGAAUCCAUACUGGAAAGAAGCCCUAUAAGUGUGAUGUUUGUGAAAAAUCCUUUUCCCAACGCUCACACUUUAAAAUUCAUCAAAGACUUCAUACUGGGGAGAAACCCUACAAAUGCAGAGAAUGUGGAAAGUCAUUUCGUCAGUCCACAGGACUUAAUAACCAUCAGAAAUUGCAUACUGGGGAGAAACCUUACAAAUGCAGAGAAUAUGGGAAGUCAAGACUUAAAGGGUAUUACAGAAUCCACACUGGAGAGAAUCCUUAUAAGUGUGAGGUUUCACUGAUCACGCAGACCUGGUCACCUAUGGAGCAGAGCAAAAAACCCUGGAAAAUGGAGAGGGAGGAGACAGUGUCUAAGGAUCCUGGGCAGCAAGCCAUCUCUUCAGCAAGCCAUCCGUUGUUCCUGAAAGAGAAACUCAAAGAGGAGAAACAAGAAAUGGCUGAUUCUCCAGGACAUGUGUUCCAGGUCAUUGGUCAUGGUCUGUUGACAUUCUGCGAUGUAGCUGUAAACUUCUCCCAGGAGGAGUGGGAAUGUCUAGACUCUGCUCAGAGGGCUUUGUAUGUUGAUGUGAUGUUGGAGAAUUAUAACAACCUGAUCUCUGUGGAGAACUAUUGGAUAUGUGAUCCUGUCUAUCAACAUGUGAAGAAUGAAAAGGAUUCUUGCCAGUGUUGUAAUGACCUUGUCAAAAUGCUUCAUGACCACUCCAAAUAUGCACUUUAUAAAACAAGAGAAGCUACAGAAAACUCUAAUAUCUACAGGUGCAGCAAUCACGUUGAUGCCUCUAUGAACUCAGCAAACCUAGAUAGACAUGAAAGCAUGCACAGAGAAGAAGAACCUUAUAAAUCUAAAGACUGUGAGGAGUCUUUAAAUUUAUGUUCCAACAUUUCUCAAGAUGAGAGCCUGUACACUGCAAAGAGAGAAAACAGACAGGGAGAAUAUGGUGACAAUUUCAACUCCGCAUAUAAUCUUUUGCCCCAAACAAUCUACAUAGGGAAAAAACUACAUCAGUGUGGGCAAUGUGGUAAAUUCUUCAGUUCCCCUGCAAACCUUGUUAUACAUGAGAGAAUUCAUACUGGAGAGAAACCUUACAAGUGCGAUGUUUGUGGCAAAUCCUUUACCAAUUGCUCAAGUCUUGAAAGACAUCAGAGAGUUCAUACUGGAGAAAAGCCUUACAAAUGUGAGGUAUGUGACAAAUCCUUUAAUGUGAUCUCAAAUCUUAGGAUACAUCAGAAAACUCAUACUGGGGAGAAACCAUACAAAUGUAGAGAAUGUGACAAAUCUUUUACCCAGUGUUCACAUCUUAAAAGACAUCAGAGAGUUCAUACCGGAGAGAAACCUUACAGAUGCAAGGAAUGUGACAAAUCUUUUUCUAAGAGCUCAACUCUUCAAGCACAUCAGAAAAUUCAUACUAGAGAGAAAACUUACAGAUGCAAAACCUGUAACAUAUCCUUUACCCGGUGUUCAAAUCUGAAAAUACAUCAAAGAAUUCAUCCUAAAGAGAGAACUUACCUUUGUAAGGAAUGUGGAAAAUAUUUCACUAGCAACUCAUAUCUUAAAGUCCAUCAGAAAAUUCACACUGGAGAGAAAUCUUACAAAUGCAAAUACUGUGACAAGUCCUUCACCCAAAGUUCAAAUCUUAGAACACAUUACAGAAUUCAUACUCAGGAAAGAAAGCAUGUGCAAGGAAUGUGAGGUUUGUUUUACUGAUUGUUCAACUCUUAGAGCACAUCAGUAGAUUCAUACUGAAGAGAAAAAUACUGUUGUAAAUAAGAUGACAUAGCAUUUAUAUGGCAUUACAAAUCACAACAGUGUACAUGAUAAAUAAAGAUAAGAAAGUUGUAAAAGCCUUGAAAGACUCUUAAAUUCUUAGGAAAAUAUUAAAGAGUUUAUAUUAAGUUAUAAUCCCACAAUUCUA